AUUAAUUCAACCAAUUCAACAUGGCUGCACCCAUCAUCGAGAAGAGAAACAAGUAGGCCUAGGGCGAUAUUAUUUCAAAAGAACUGCAAGUAAUUUUAGGAAAAUACGAACUAGGCCGACAAUAUAAUCUUUGGUUUUUAACAUCGUCGAUUGUCUUGACUUUGAUAAAUAUGAGUGGUGAUCAAAGCAGUGGGAUGUCUACAUUACAAGAAAGCAGUCUGCUACAAGUAGAGACUGCUGAUGACUGGCAGGAGUAUGAGACACAAUUCUUAGGAUUCACUCCAAAAUCAUUCGCUGAUGGAGUGUACAAUGCUAUACUUGAUUACCUCCAUGAUGGUAUUGAGCUGCUGGAAAAAUAUUUACUGUCUGAGUUUGAAAAGGAAGGAGUUUCACAGGAAGUAAUUCGUGAGGGAUCUGAAAAACUUCUUCGAUAUUUUAGUGGUCGCUUUGACAAAGCUUUUGACAGGCUAGAAAAAUACCUCAUAAAAAACAUUUUCCAUAUUCCAAGCAAAACCAUAUUGCCUGGGGAUGCGGUAAACCAAGACCAUGCUUACAAAGAUGGAGAAGAGCAAGCACUUGAUGAAGAAAUACAGCAACUCCAAAUCAAGAUUAAAAAUAUGAAGUAUAUGAAUGCAUAUCUUAAGCAGUACAUGGUUGAUAUGGAGAAAGUGCAGGGUCAGUUAGAUGCAGUGUUGACAAAGGUAGAAAGCAUGGAGAAGGUGUGUCGCCAAGCUGGAGUUUCAGACUUGAAGGAGUCUGUUAUAUUUGUUGCUGGUAAAGUUAGCAGAAUCCAAUCCAAAUUAAAUGACAUAUGUGUUGUACAACUCCAGGAGACUCAGAGUUUUUCAGAAGACAGCGAUUUGGAAAAAAAUGGAAUUCAAUUUCACUGACUUGAUCAUGGAUGAAUCUGACAUUUUUUAAAUGUGGUGGCUUGAUUCAGGAUCUCAAAUUGGGGUCAAAGGUUUCUUAUAUCAAAGGACAUGGCAUUUGAGCGUAGUAUUCCAGUGCAUAGAGACUAAUUCACUAUCUUUCCAAGCAGCAGCAGCAGCACACAAUUAUUACCAGGUACAUCUGGUUAAAGAAGUACAGUACUGCAAAUCAGAAAGUUCUACACCCAAUGACAUAACAAUGGGCCAGCCUCACCGAUUUUUGGUGGGACAGGAGGGAAAAAUUGUCAGACUCGGAUGCCACUUAAUGUUGUUCGAUUUAAUACUUAUUUGCUGAUGCUACCAAAUUUACUCUGCGGCUAAGGGAUUUGAAAUUCGUAGUCAGAUCAUUAGUUGUGAUGCAAGUUGGAUAACUUGUUAAAUUUUCUGGCGCUAUGCCAUAAGCCAUUGCAAAUGUAAAUAUGUAUAGUAUUAUAAUGUAGAUUCCGUAUUAAAGAAUGUUUGCAUUGGAUAAACUUUGUAUUAGUACCAUUCUUGGAAAUCAAAUUAUAUUAACUUCUUUACAACUUGUCAAUACAAUAAUAUUCUGAAAAACUCCAGUGACAAAGUAUAGAGUCAUAACCAAAUUUAUUCAAUAAUACAUACACAUUUUUAAAAAACAAUUUUUAAUCUGUAUUUUGAUUAUUUUAAAAA